UAUUGACUGUUGUCUUUUGCCUUGAGAAGAAGAUAAGCGAGAACAUUUGCGCCGCCAGGAAAGAAAAAACAAUUGCUUAAAAAAAUAAAUAAAUAAAAACGCGACCCAGUUUCCGUCGAGCUCCGUAAUCCUGCGCGAGUCUGUGCCGAGUGGAGUUUAUCACGAUGGCGAGGAAGAAGAGCAAGCAGGCCGGAGUUGUGAAUAAAGAGCAGAGUUUGUCGAAGAGCCCCAGCGGAGGAGGAGAUGCAGCAGCAGCAGCCGCCAGGAGCUCUCAGUCGGUGCACACGUGCUGCUUGCUGUGCCAUCGGGAAUUUAAGGACUGGGGCUCUGGCCUGGCCAACGGGCUACCGGGGCAUGGCUCCAAGCUGUCUGAUGCCGUCCCCGCACUCUCGCAGGCCCUGCUGAGGGAGGCACCCGGGCGCAAGCUGGCGGACGCUGUGCCUUCGCUGUCGCAGUCGUUGCUGGGAGAGGUGCCGCUGUGGAUCUGCCAGAGCUGCCGCAAGAGCGUGGAAGAGGAGGAGCGGAGGGCGGUGCAGGAGCAGAGUGUGCCGGCGUCGCUGUCCCACUCGUCCUCGUGUAAGUCGCAGAAUUGUGGGAACGGUUACCCAGAGCAAAACUCUGUGGACUGGGAUCCCAGCUCCUUCCUGUCGGCCCGGAAGCUCUCUGGCCUUUGGAACUCGACGCACACGAACACAGGAGCUCACUGCACCCACGGCACCGCUACUCACUCUCAGCAAGCAGGCGGAACGGCAGGACCGACUUGUCACGAUAAACGAUUGUCUCACGAGGCGUCCGGGACCAAAGCGUGUCCCUACAGUCACCCAGCGCCCCCCAGUGCCACAUCCACCGCUACGCCACUCUCUACCUCUGCUGAACUCUGCAAGACCUCAGCAAAGCACUUCAAAACCAUGUGUAGGAGACCCACUCCUCCAGGUGAAGCGUUUCACCCGAACGAGCCGCUCCAGCCGUCAGCGGAUCUGUCCGUUCCACCCAACAGCCCGACGGGUCUUUGUUCUUCCCAGAAUUCAUCUCUGCUGCCCCCCUCCAAUAAACCCACGUCCAAUCAGCACGCUCCGUUCACUCCGUUAGCACCAAAUCUCGGCGCCAAGCACUCGGGCGGGCAGGACAAACCCAGCACCUGUAAAAACGCCAAGCUGAGCUCCUCCAUGAUGGGCUGCAGUCACCCGUGUAACGGGCACAACACCAACGGCGGCGCCGCGGCCUCCACUAACACAACGCAUUUAACAGCCACCAUGUGCAGGGACCAGGCGUGUAAAGGGCACAAGCUGGUGAACGGGUCGUCAUUGUGCCAGCAGGCAGCGUGUGAGGGGGACGACGUGGAGGACGAGGACAGCGGCUCCGAACGCAGCUCCUGUGCCUCUUCUUCUACGAACCUGCGUGACGGCAAAUACUGCGACUGCUGCUACUGCGAGUUCUUCGGACAUAACGCGCCCCCAGCAGCUCCCACGAGCCGGAACUACGCGGAGAUCCGAGAGAAACUCCGCUCGAGGCUGACUCGUCGCAAAGAGGAGCUGCCUCAGAGGCAGGACCUGGACCCAGCUUUAACCAACCCCAUAGAUCACAGGGACGUCGACGAGCUCCUUCACUUCAUCAACUCCACAGAGCCCAAAAGGGUGAACAGCGCCAAGGCGGCCAAACGUGCUCGCCACAAACAGAAAAAGAAGGAGAAGGAGCGUGCGCAGCAAGCAUGCAACGAGCAGCGUUUAUCCUCUUCUCCUCAGCCAGAAGCUAUGGAGGAAGUGGAGGAGGAGGAAGAGGAGGAGGAGGAGGAGCGUACUCCAGACGGCGAGCCUGGCCGGCUCCUCGAGUGGCCUCAGCUGGAGCUGGAGCGUGUCAACAGCUUCCUAACGUCUCGCCUCGAGGAGAUCAAGAACACCAUUAAGGACUCCAUUCGUGCCUCGUUCAGCAUGUACGACCUCAACCUCGAUGUCAGCGACUUCCCCAAAAAAGCCGCCUCGCUAGAGGGUCAGCGGCUGCUGCCUCACAUCAACGGUACAGUGACCGAACCGCAGCAGAUCGACCUGGACCUCGCGCCGCUCUCAUUCAAAAACUUUAAAAAGAGCGUGAAGAUUCUCCAAGGCCUGACCAGCGAGAAUAACAACAGCAGCCCCCCUCCUACCGACCCCACCACCCCUCCCCCCACAAACAACAACGAUACCACCGUUAACGCCGCUCCUGCGCCUAACGACGCGCCCAAAUCCAAAGACGAGACCAAGAACACCGCAAAAACAAAGAAGGGCAAGAAAAACCAGCGACAGGAGCAGGCGUCCCAGGAGCAGCAGGCCAACUCCAAACCGGUUAAAACCACGUCUGGAAAUCAGGAGAAAAGCAACGAGGCAGAGAAAGGAGUCAAGGGAGGCUGCAGAGGAGCCCAGCAACACGGGGAGAGUCAGAAACCGGCGAGUAAAAAGCUAGAGGAAAGCAAGCAGGCUCCCAAGCACAUAGGUGUAACAGCCUCGAACGGGAACCAUCACUCGGGCUCCAACACGCAGAGGGGGAAGAACGACAGCGACGUGAGGAGCAACAAAGCGGAGCACGAAGCAGACGGAAAAAGCAACACAAACAAUCUGGUCAGCUGUCAAAACUCACAGCACCAACAACAGUCCAAAGGAAAGAAUAAGAAGAACAAGUGCAAGACGGAAAAGUCCAGUAGUGCUAUCGAUGACGUAUUCCUCCCCAAAGACCUGGAUCCGACGGAGAUGGACGAAAUCGAUCGCGAGGUCGAAUACUUCAAGAGGUUUUGCCUCGAUUCAGCUAAACAGACGCGACAGAAGGUGGCUGUGAACUGGUCCAACUUCAGCCUGAAAAAGAUGCCGUCGAACGCAGCGCAGUAAUGCAGCACGCACUCACACACUCUCUCUCACACACACACACACACACACACACACACACACACACACGUACACGCCUGGAUGAUGGUAACCGGAGAACCCCCAACCUCCCGAUAGGACUCUACUCUCUAGUCUGUAGCCACUGUACUCCAGAUUCGAUUGGCUGGAGGUCGCCGUCUGUCUCCGCCCCUUUCUCAAUACGCCACGGGACCUUAUCACGCAGUCUGUAAUCGUCCACCGGAGAAUUUUUACUGUAUCUCUUAGUAGAGCGGGAUCACUCGCAGGAAACCUCAUUGCUUCAUUUUGUAGUGUGUAAAUAAUGAUUUUACAAUAAAAAAAGGUUUUAAACCCCAAACCACGGCA